AUAAAAACCAGACACCCUCCCCCACUAGCCAGUAGAUUCAAAGUUGAGAGAAAGUGCAAACAAAGAUUGAUAUCUCUCACCACAUCAUCAUCAUCAUCAUCAUCAAUGGCAUUGUGGAGGUUGAUGCCAUUGCCAAUGGUGCUUCUGACACUGUCUUUAGUUGCUGCUGACAGCAACACCAACAAGGUGUACCAGCCUUGUGCUGAUGCCAAGAUUCAGAGAUCCGAUGGUUUCACUUUUGGCAUUGCUUUCAGUUCCAAAGAUUCAUUCUUCUACAAUCACUCUCUUCAACUCUCUCCCUGUGAUCACCGCCUCUCUCUCUCUGCUUCCACCUCACAACUUGCUCUCUUCCGUCCCAAAGUUGAUGAGAUCUCUCUCCUCACUAUCAACACCUCUACUUUCUUCCCUGAUACUUAUGGUGGGUAUAUGGUGGCAUUUGCGGGAAGAAAGUAUGCUGCACGUUCACCACUUGCGUUUGUUGCAAACAGUACAUAUAUCGUGACAAGUUUUACACUGGUGCUAGAGUUUCAGAAGGGUAGGCUGCAUAACUUGUACUGGAAGAGAGACGGAUGUUCUUCAUGCAAGGGAAAAUCCAACUUUGUUUGCCUCAACAAACAAGAUUGUUCAAUCAGAACAUCAUCUUGUAAAGGCAGAGGAGGUUCAGUAGAUUGUAGUCUUGGGAUACAACUUGCAUUUUCUGGUACUGACAAGCAUCUCUCAGUGCUUAAUUCAUGGUAUGAAGUGGAAAACAUGCGGCAGUACUCUCUUUAUGGCUUAUACUCAAAUCUAAGGGACUCUCUCACCAGCCAGUAUAACAAAUUCUUUUAACCAAAAGAAAAGAAAUAAAAAAGAAGAAAUCUACCUCUACAUUAUUUUGUUUGUUUGGGAUGGUAUUGUAACUUCUGUGACUAUUGUUCUUUGGCAUCACAAUUUCUUGUUUUUGGACUCUCUUUUUUUUGCCUUGCCAAUUUUUGGUUUAUAACCAUAUGUGAAG